AAUAAAAAAGUGCAUCAAUUAGUCAUUAAAAACCAGAAAUAACUAAUUAAUUUGCCACUAAUAAAAUGUUUCAUUAAAACCAAAAAUUUAUAUACUUUAUAAUAAGUAAAAAAAUGACAUUUAAAAAUACAUGAUAAUUAUUUCGAUACAAGAAAUGACAUUUGGGCAUUUUUGUUUCCAAAAUACACAAAAAUUAUUGUUUACAUGUAGGCCUAUCAGUGUACUUUAUAUUUUUACUUUUGCUUCUUUUUGCUUUAUACUACGUUUAGAUUUUUUUGGAGUUUAAUGGAGACUUUAGUGGGUCAUUUGAAUGUCAUGUGUCAUGUUCUGCUUUGUUGCACAUUUUUUCCUGUAAACUCUGCAGUGGCGGAGACAGAAAACUGCAGAAAGCAGAGGAGUCCGCUACUCCACAGCUCCAUCCCAGUAUCUGGGCGGAGAGAGGAGGGGAGAGAUAGUGACCACACAGCCACAACAGCGCCUCGGCGCUUCUUCUCGCUCAGACCUGGCAGGGGAAACAACAGCGGCCAGUCAAUGCAGUUCAUGCAGAAUCCGAACAACAAAGACAAGAGGCGGGAUUCCCUCUAAAUCCACUGCACAUCCAGGAGAAAGCUGCAUCGGAACCGUUGAAUGUUUUGCAGGUUUGGAACUUCCGGCUGGUCCUGUUGCGCCGCGCGCGCUUCCAUUAGCGCCGGACGUCUCCUCUUUGUGCGCCUCGCAGUUCCGUCUCCAACUUCUGCCGCCUAUUUCAGCGAAUAGGGGCUGCCGUUUCGCCGUUAUCGGGUGGUACCAAACGGAAUGAAUGACAAAAACAAAGGAGGUUGAUGUUCAGAACUCUCCGACCCGCCUCGCCAUCGCCUCGCCAAAGGAACGGAGACUCCAUCUCCGGCAGAAGAUGGACAGCGGAGGCGGGACGGAGAGCUCGGACGGCGGAAAGAGCGACCGCCCUGACUCCACCGGGCUCCCGGCUGCGGCGCCCGUGCUGCCUCCAGGCGAGAAGAAAAAGAUCCACCGGGCUCCGUCCCCGGCCAGACCGAAGGAUGUACCGGGGUGGUCGUUCACGAAGAUCCGCGGGGGCAUCGGGACCCCGACUCUGAGCGUGAAGCCCGGAGCCAUGAUCCACUUGGGAAGCCGCAUUUCCAGGCGCAGUCCGGUGGGGAGCCUCGCUGCGAAGGACGGGAAGGCUGAGAGGGGUGGCGGCAAAACAACCAGUAAAUCCUCCGGUGGGGUGUCCAGGACCUCGGCAUCCAAGACGGCUAAAAGCAGCGGGGGGCGGAGAAAGGUGUCUGACGCCAGCACAGGGUCCGAGGAUUUAUCCAAGGACUCUGGCUGCGCGCCCGGGAAGCUCUCCCCGACCGACAGCAGCUCCGAGCUGUCGGACUGCGCCUCGGAGGAGAACAAGCUCUCCACGGACGCGAUGAGCAGCGACGCCGAGUCAAGGAGCAGCCGGGGCGGCGGAGCGGAGGGCGACAAGCCGCCCAGGGAAGGCUGGCUGGCGGAUGCAGCGAACCAGCGAGUCGCCAAGUCCACCAGCUGGUGCGCAGAGAAAGACAAGGACCGACUGUCUGUGGGCACGGAGACCGGGGUAGGGAGCGCAUCCCCCGGUGAGGAACGGUCGUUCACCUCGGUGGACAGCAGGGUUCCAGCCAGCACCUCCCUCGCCUUCUCAGACCUGACAGAGGAGUUCAUGGACAGCAUGCAGGAGGAGUUCAUCAGGGAAAUAGAGGAGCUCAGGUCUGAGAAUGAUUACCUCAAAGACGAGAUGGAGGGCCUGAGGUCUGAGAUGCUGGAGAUGAGGGACAUGUACAUGGAGGAAGAUGUUUACCAGCUUCAGGAGCUGCGGCAGCAGCUAGAACAAGCAAACAAGACGUGCCGCAUCCUGCAGUACCGCCUGAGGAAAGUAGAGCGGCGCUCUCUCAGAGUGGCCCAAACUGGCCAGGUGGAUGGAGAACUGAUAAGGACGCUGGAACAAGACGUUAAAGUGGCCAAGGACGUGUCCAUCCGUCUCCAUGCCCAGCUGGACAGUGUGGAAAAGAAGAGGAGUCGACUGGAUCAGGAAAACGAGGAGUUGAGAGUCCGACUGCAGGAGCAGGAGGUGGCUAAACAGGUUUUGCAGCAGGAGGUUGACAAGUUGCAGAACUCCCAGAAAAAAAGAGGAGCACGACCCAACAACAAGCCUGACAAGAAGCCGGCGCCACAGGAGGACAGCUCGGACCUGAAGUGUCAGCUCCACUUUGCCAAAGAGGAAUCUGCUCUGAUGUGUAAGAAACUGACCAAGCUGGUAAAAGACAGCGAGGCCAUGAAGGAGGAGCUUGCCAAGUACAGGUCGCUGUACGGAGACAUCAAUGCCUCGCUAACUGUGGAGGAGGUUGCUGACUCCCCCCACACCCGUGAGGCUGAGGUCAGAUUGCAUCUGAAGCUGGUGGAGGAAGAGGCUAACCUCUUGAGUCGCCGCAUUGUGGAGCUGGAGGUGGAGAACAGAGGCCUCCGAGCUGAGAUGGAGGACAUGAAGGGGCCACAAGAUGGGCUUCAUGAACUUACUGGAGCCGGUGGAGGCCUGGCGUCUGGGCUUGGUCUGGUUGCAGGCGCCAUGGUGCUUGGAGGAGGUGCUUCAUCGGAAAACGUCAUGGAGCUCCAGAGACACCUCCAGUUUGUGGAGGAAGAGGCCGAGCUUCUGAGGAGGUCCCUGAUGGAGAUGGAGGAGCAGAACAAGCUCUUGAUGAAUGAAAUAAAUCGCUACAAAUCUGAGCUCCCACCGACGGCGGGCUCCCUGACCUCCGGUUCGCUGAUGUCACUGACGGACGGGCUGCUCGACAGCCCUGUGCACUCGAUUCAGGAAGGAGCUGUGCUCAUCAGCACUGAAACCCCGACACAUGAGGAGGACCUCCGAUUAGCCAGACUUCAAAUUGGAGAACUGAGUGGGAAAGUGAAGAAGCUGCAGUAUGAGAACCGUGUGCUUCUGUCCAACCUGCAGCGCUUCGAUCUGGCAUCUUACCACGGUCCUUCUUCUUCAUGCUCUUCCUCACUGAGACUGGCUCUGGAGACCGAUGCAGAAGCUGGAGACUCAGCUGAGUGUCUCCCGUCUAGUCCAUCACUACGCAAAGAGCCUGUAGGAGGGGAAAAAGACACCAUUGAGAUUGAAGAGCAGAAAAGAAGGAUGGAGGACAACGCUGACGCGACGUCUCAGUUCCCUGGUUACCUGAGCCAGAAGAACCACAAUGCCCUGUUGGCCAUGAGGGAUCAGGCUCGCUUGGUUUCCACCGCUAUACAGCUUCUGACUUCCCCUGAGUCCAACUGCCUCUCAUCCUCACCUUCCAUUUAUCGCAAGGUCUGCAGCAAUGAGGCAGCAGAGCCAUGUGACCUGGAGAAACCCCAGCCUCCAAGCCAGAUUGCAGAACUAUCGGACCUGGCAGACCGCCCUCUGGUUGGAGCUCUGACCAGCAGGCUUCAGGCCCUGCAAAGCCAGCUUCAAGCAUUUGUGGAGCAGGUCGAAAGCCAGAGCAGACCCACGUCAGAUAUGAGGGAUCCUCAGAUGGAAGGAGCAUACCCUCCAUCCUCGCCCCACCCCCCUGUGCCCUGUUCUGGGGAGGUACAAGAUAACCGAGCAGAGGAUAAGCCUGAUUAUAGGGACCAGUCAGAGCCAGACGUGGGAGAUGAAGUUGAGGAGAGCAGCCGAUCUGUCAAAAAGUCAGAGAAUCAGGAAAGCAGCCAGACGGAACUGGAAGAGAGGGAGACGGAUCUUGCUGUGCUGGUCCAGUCUGGUGACGUCCCGGACGAGCUGUCUGAAGCUGAGGAGUCCAGUUCUGGGACUCGAGAGAAGCUAGAGAAGGAUAUAAAAGAUCACAAAGAAAUUGCUCUAAAACUCUCAAAGCUUCACGAGGAGCAGCAGAAGUCUCUCCUCCGACGAGACUUCCAGCUGCAGAGUCUGGGCCUUCAGGCUCGAAUCCAGCAGAAGUUGUGGAACCAGGAGAGGACUUUGCUGAUCCAGGAGUCCCAGCACCUGAAACAGGCCCUGUUGCUGCUCAGCCUCAAACUGCGCUGCUUCCUCAAACAGUGGAGGCUGGGCUUUCAAAAGGACGCAGAGUGGAAGGAUGUCCUGGAGAUGAACAGCCUGAAGGACUUAUAUCUGCUGCUCCAGGAGGACAACCUGCCAAGCCCCACCCACAACACAGACAAGAGAAGCUUUGCAGACGACCAGCCUUUCAGUCCGACUUUAAAUUCGAAUGCCGUGAGCAGCACUUUGGCGGACCUUAGGGUUGCCCUACAGGAUGUGAGCGGAGAGCUGCGUCAGGAGAGACAGGGCUCCCAGGAACUCACUCAGCAAUUUGCAAAGGCCAAAGCAUCAUGGGAAGUGGAGAGGACUGAACUGAAGAGUGUCAUAACGCAGCUUGAGGCCAAAUCUGGCAAAGCCACCGUAACUCUUUCUCCAAGUGAAACACUAGACACCUCAGACCUGAAGGUGGCGCUAAAGAAGGAACGCGCGGAACACCAACACCUCCUGGCAGAGUCCUACGCUGCUGUGAUGGACCUAACCAAACAGCUUCAGAUCGGAGAAAGAAACUGGGGCAGGGAGAAACUGGAGCUGCUGGAGAGGUUCGCUCGGGAGCGAGCUCAGUGGGAGCAGAGACUGAGGGAGGCCACCGCGCUGCAGGAGAAGCCCCCAGGUGACGAAUCCACCAUGGACUUAAAUACUGCUAAUGGAGUCGAAUCAAAGAGGUCAUCUACUGUAGAUCAAGAAGAUACUGGAACCCCCACUCAGGAGAAGUUUGCUCUCCCGCUCAGUAUAAGUCGCCCACAGCUUGGUGGCACCACCGAGAAGCACUGGACCUACCAGAACCGUGAGAUGCUGGAUGUCAGAGAAGCGAGUAAAACUUGGGAUGGACCGAGUGGCUCCAGCAGCAGCUCUCAGAUGGAUCUGGAAUUUGUGCAGAGGAGCUACACUGCUCCAGUCAGCAGUGGGAUCAGGAUCUACUACAGUCCUCCUGCUGUGAGGCGCCUGGAGCACCGACAGUCACGCCAGGAGCCUCAGCACGGUCAAAAUGGGGCCUCCUCACUUGGGGAAAUCAAGAAAGAUGCCAGCGUAGAUUCAGUAGACACGCUGGAAGGUCGCCCCCAACAACCGGCAUCCUUCUUCUCUUCUUACGAGCAGUGGCUGAGCUCGUUGUCCAGCCAGCACAGAGAGCUGCUGGAGAGCAGGAGCAGCUGCAUUUCCAGCUCCUUGCCGAGCGUCAUCAACAACAGUGGGUCACCUAGCAGAAUGGUUGACGGGAUGAUGUCAUCUUCUGCUUUCCACGACCUGGAAAUUGGGGACAUUUCAGCCAACUUAAGCGACGACAUGAAGGAAAUGACCAACUGUGUCCGUCAGGCCAUUCGCUCUUCAUCUCUAGAGAGGAAAUCCAGCAGGGAACCUGGCAGUCCGCCGAUCAGUGUGUGCUCCAGAUCCACCCAGACCGCAGCUCAGAACGUCAGCGUUGGGCUUCAAACGGACAUCCUUACCAGCAGCAGGAUGGCAGGGCUUCACUCCAAGUCCUGGUCUCCUCGUGCAUCACCAACAACCACCUCUUCACUGGUGUCGGCCCGAACGCGACAGAUCUCCACAUCUCUGGAUAAAGUUCACAGCCGUAUUGACAGACCAUGCUGCUCACCCAAGUAUGGAUCUCCAAAAUUACAGCGCAGAGUGUCUUCAGGCUCCACCUCAAGAUUGGACUCCAACAGGGACCGAAGUCUGUGGAGCCUCCAGCAGAGGCCUAUAGGUGGAGGUGGAGGGGGCUCCGCCUGGGCUCGCUCCACCACCACCAGGGACAGCCCCGUCCUGAGUGGGCUCACCGACGGACUCUCCAGCCUCUUCAGUGUGGUGGAGCAUUCAGGAAGCACGGAGUCACUCUGGAGGGGUGAGAUCGGUACCGGUCCUACUGCCAGUCCAGCUCGACAGCUUCCCGCUGCAGGAAAACCCUCCGCUGUUGGGUCGGAUCCCAGCCCUCAGCGGUAUGGCGGACUGGUCCAGGAAUUCUUCAGGAACGUCUGCAGCAGCCGUGGCUCAGGAGGACUCCCCGUCUCAGGAGAGAAGGUUCAGAAGGAUUCCCUUAGCAGCCCUGGGGGUCUGGGAGUUCUGGGGGGAUUUGAACAGUCCAAGUUGGAGUGCCCAUUGAUGGCGUCUGGAGGACUCGGCGCUGGGGCAGCAUUGGGAGGAGGCAACGACAGCAUUACUAGGAUUGUAAACAAGAGGUUUAUGAGACAGACAGCUGGUGAGGAGAUGGUCAGUAUCAUGGGUGGGGGGAAGGAACUGAUAAACAACGCUGUUGCUGCAGGGCUUGAGGAAUCCCCCUGCGACUGCGCUGCCCAGUCUGCCUGCUUCGCCCGACCAUCGAGAGCUUCUGGUCGCCAAUGCAAGCAUCGACCUCAAGACUUUCCAUCCACAGCAGAGGACAAGGGGGAUGGUUGCCAUGAGUGACGGCGCUCCUGCUGCUCCACUGCACUCAGAAUACCGCCUUCACACACAGGCUUUCAUAUGUAUACAUGCUCACACACACCACAAGUGCACUGCCAAACACUGAGAGCACACUGCAGACUGCCCUACAAGCCUACUGCCACAUGAGCACAGACACACAACAGCCUGUCACUGCUGUCCGGAUUGUUCCCAUGAUGCCAAGGACACGUCUAUUUACCAACAAACUACCAGCAUCCACUUUUAACAAUGAUGUCAGAACCGGACCUACAAAAUCCCCAGUUCACACUGAAGCGGUACUGCACCCCCCUCCUCAAAUCAGUUAACCAUCCCACUGUUCAAUCAUCCGUUCAAUUCAAAAACAGGCAGUUAGAGAGGGGCUGUCUGCAUAUGCAUUUACUCCAGGGUUACUCUGGAGGCUUUCACUCAUUUCCAUCACUUUUUGUUAGAAGCUGAUGGGGUUGAUUUUUUUCUAGAAAUGUUUUUUUUGUCAGAGAUCAACUCCAGAUGUUCGGCUGAGAGAUGUUCCUGCUAUGAGUAAGACAUUCCACUGAGUGUUUCUAACAAGCGUUUGACAGGGAAAUCCUGAUUUCACAUUAUAGAUGAGUGUUUUUAUGACCACGAGGAUGUUUAUUAUUAUUGGAUGCACAAAAAGGAAGAGCUCAGCUUGACCAGGCCUUAACUGAAGGACCAGUGAGAUCAUAAAACUAAAAAAUCUCAUAGAAGAAGAGCAAAAAGCUUUUGGUUUUAAAGGACUAUGAGUAAUAUUGGAAAGUUGGUUAGGGACUAAUGGCUCCAAAACCUUCUACAUGUAAGGGACCUACAUCCAUAGAAAAUAUACUUGAUCAACUCAUUUGAGGUCAGAGGUCAGACAGAGCUGUGACCUCUAACCUUAAAACCUGCUGUUUUUUUCUGCCCUUGGAUAACAAUUCACGUAGUCACAGAAAAAAUAUACAUUCCUUUUCUAAUAAUAUGGCCAAUCCGGAUUUUGGAAACUUACACUUUAAAACGUUUUUUAAUAGCUAUUUAAAAUAUCUAACACUUCCUCUUUCACCUCAGAAAUAAUAAUAGAACACUAAGAAGUUAGGAAAAGUGCAGCCUUGAUCCUCUCAGUUUCACACUGUUUAAAACGUGUUAGUAUAUUGUAGACUCCUCACAUCAUUCCCUUUUUACAAGAACAGGAAGAGUUUUAAAUGUAGAUGUAGCAUUAUGAAUAAAUAAUCUUAAAAUUGAAAGCUGAGAGCUGAAAAUUCAUUUUGAGACCAGACUCAAACAGAGUGGACCGUUAGCUUUUUUUCAAGAAAAGCACAUUUUUGGCCUUAUUUAUUUUAUUUAAAUAAGUUGCAAAUAAAAUAAAAAAGCUAAAUAAUUUUUUUCUUUAUUUACUUAUGGUUUAUGCAUUCAAAACAGUCCGCUUUUAGCCAUUCACAUGUUAGAGAAAACUGGGAACUGAAGCAACAUCAAACAUUGAGCACAAGCAUACAAAUACAAUUAUCUGCAUUUUUCUGAGUUCUCAUCACCUUUGCUACAAAUGAAUCAAAGUGCCUGCUAGAUCACCUGUUUGUUUUGUCACAGCAUGAACUAAAUUUAAAUUAAACAUAAUUCAAACCCUGCUUUUUUUUCUUCUUUUCUGUUUCGAGAAAUAUUGAUUUUUUUCUGGUGAACACGGGCAACCAAAAAGUGAGCAGUUUUAUAGGAAGUUCUCCAUUUUAGAAUUUUGUGAUAAAGGUUUUGAUUUUUGAAAAGUAAAUACUUAUGCCCACAUUUUCGUUGUUAUUAUGUUUUAUUGUUUUCUCUAACGUCACUCGGUUGCUGUUUUUAUUACUUCAUUGUGGUGCUACUCAGCAGAACAACUGCUGAAGGCUUCCUGCUGUUUCACGAGACGUUUGCCCUUCGGUGUUUCACAGAUCCAUAUCAGGGCAUUACAUUCAGGGUUCAUGUAUUCAGAUAGUAAUCCGAAGAAGAACCCACAGUUUCUAUGCUGCCAUUUAUUUCUAGGUUUUAGGAAGCAUUGACACAGUCGGCACAGAUCUCACUACUGCAGAAUCAUUUUUCCAUCCACUGUACAAAAUGUCUGUUAAUCGCAACACUAGCUUUUGGGUUUUUUUGCCCAUAAAUGUCGGAGCUAUUCUUUAUUCUUUUUUUAUGUGUCUCAUUUUGGUAUUUAAAGCUGAAAACUUUAAUUAUGACAGAUAAUAUUAUUCUGAUGCACACUAUAUUUAAAAACAUGAAGAGAAAAUGGGUGGUGCAGCCAAAAAUGUGCUGUUAAAAGGCCAGGACAGAUUUUUGGUCGUGUCUGCAUUCCCUACCAACCCAGUGCGCUAUGCAGAGUAUUCGCCAUCUUUUUUGGUGGAUGUCGGGAUCUGCAAUUCCAAAAUCCAGUGCCCCUAGAAGUUUCUGCAAAAAACCAGUGUACAUCAAGGCUCACUAGAUUGGCUAAAAUAGACCACAAUGCAUUGCAUUUGAAAGAUCUUUCAUUUGAAAAAAAAAAAAAAGUAAACUUAUUUUUUUAAAUCAUCCAAGUUUUUAUCAUCAGAACACAGUAGAUUAAUGAAUAGCUUUGGUCAAAUGUUCAUUUUUAUUAGAUUUUUACUUCUGCAAAUGGGUUGUCAAUGAGUUUGGCGUAAAAACGAAAAGUAGUGAGCAUUGCGUGAAAAUCCAGAGCACAGGAUUGCCCCACACUAUAUAGUCUUUUAGGGGUAAGGGAUUGAAUUUGCUAACUUCAUAAGCUAACUACUAAAAGAAAAUCUAAUGUGGUUUUAGGGGAAAAUAAUAUUGUUUGAGAUGCAACAACUCUAAAAUAUGGGCAUUUUGUUUUUUCCUCUUGUUGGUGCAGCUUUUUGAAAUUUAAGAAAUUGUUUUGAGCAGCCUAAUGUAAUAGGUUCGAUCGCUGCUCAAUAGUCUAAGCGUUGUUUUGUUCCUCCAAAUGUACCUCUAUUAAUGCAGUGAUGAACUAGGGCUUAGACUGACAUGCUAAAAUACAAUAUCGGUAAUCAAAAAAGUUAUCUGACGGGUCGUCAUUUUCCACUUGCUGCACUUCAGUCACUUUUAUCAAAAAUAUUUGUAAUCAAGUAAAUAAAACCAAAAACUCGUGCAUAGAAAAUAACACAAAGGCUGGGGGACAAACUUAAAACCUGUCUUUGGUGCGACCCAAAACUGUUUGAAUGAUCCAAAUCUUUAACAAAUAAAAAUUACCACAAGGUGAGCCAUUCAUGAGUAUUUGGGACAUUUAUUCUAUACCUAACAGUUAUUAAGUAGAAAGAAACUAUUACUUUGAUUUAAACAUCCAUCAGGUAAAAUAUAUUGUAAUCACAGGGAAAAUCUAAAUAACACAAAUGUAAUAAAGACCAGAAUCAUACAUUUUUUUUUUGUCUUGAACAUUUUUUUUUAAAUUUUCAUUUAUUCAGUUUCUGUUUAAAAAAAAUGUAACAAAGCCUGUGAUGUAGAUUUUUUUUAAGUUAUUCCUGUAUGAAACUCCAGAAGGUUUAUCAGGUUCUGUCCUACCUCUUUGUACUAUUUCAUACACUCUGAGAUCAAAAAAAGACUCAGAGAUAUCUCAUUUAUAAUAACUCUCAUUAUAGAAAGUCCGUGGAAUUUAUUUAUGACAUUUUUUACUGAACCCGAUCAAAAUAUCCUUUUCGCCUAACAGAAGGUCACUUCAAGUGCCUUUGCUCUACAAAGGUGUCUUGGCCUUUUAACUUUUUGAAUUUAUUUUUUUAAGAUUUGAUUCCAUCUUUUAUACCGUAUGAAUAUGCCAAAUUUCAUAUAAACAUGUUAAAAUAAUUUUUGAUAUUUUUUUUCCACUGGCAGCUCAGAGGACAAGGUGUUUUAUUUUGUUUGUGACAAUGCCUCGACAUGGGUGAAAAAAAUCAUACCAGGUAUACAUUUGAUGUUAAAUGUGAUGGUAAAGCAUAAGCCUGUGCUGAAGACAGUGGGAUAUGUUGCAGCUCAGUUUCAGUCCCAUUCAUAGUUUUUUUCUGAAUUUCAGGGAAGAUAUUUAAUGAUUUUCACAGAAAAAAAAAACAUACUUAAUGAUUUUUAACUGUCAUAAAAACACACUUUAUUCUGUUUGAACAGAAAUUGUAUUACAGCAGACAUGAAAAAAGAUUGAAUGCUACUACUAUUGCAUAAUACUUUAUACUGUGUCAGAAAAAAGAAAAGAAAUGUGGGGCAUUAUUUUGUUUUCCUGCGUCAGCUCUCCAUUUUCUGCCUGCCUGUCAGGUUCAUUCCAGCCCUUCAGGUUAUAACGACUUUAGCCACUUACAUUAACACCUUACAGGUAACACUUUACCAGCUAUUGGCAGAUAAUUCCGUGCAGGCUGAGAGCCAUAGUGGAUCAUUUUUCUUAUGUGUUUUCAUCCCAUUCACAAGACGUCUACAUGCUGGGAUUAUGUAAAUGAACUACUAGGUGUUCAUAAUGGUAGCUGAACUUAGAGACUGCCUGUAAAUUUGCUUCGUGCAACCUAAUCUUUUUCUAAUGAUGCUUGGUUCUUAAGGAGAAUGCAAUGAAGCUUAUUUAAUUUAGUAUAUAGUUAAGGAAUGUGUCCCACUGCGCUGAAGCUUAAAAAAAGAAGGCAGAUUUUUACCUUGUCCUUUUUCAUUGCUUUGAGAAAAGCUGAAUGUCAACAGCCGAUCCUACCUGGAUCGCUGUAGAAGUAUGUAGCUCUCUUCUCCUAUACACCUCUGUAGAUAGAUGCUUUUUUAUGAAGAGAAACAACGGAGAGAAAAAAAUGUCAGCAAAUGCUAAAAAGAAAAUUUGACUCAAACAAGAAGUUUUGAAAGGUGGGAAUAUUUGUUUUUCCGAUGUAGCUUGUAAAAAAUGUUACUGCCUCUGGUUUCUUAUAGAAUUCACAAAUAAAUGUUUGAUGGAUUUUAA